UAUCACUAAUUCAAGACCAUACAUUAUGGUUGUAAGUAAACCGACGCUCAUCUUGUCUUCGUUGGUCCUUAUUUUCCACACACAUAAGAUGCAUCUCUAUCCCCUGUUUCCUCUGUUUUUGUGAGAAAAAAAAAUGGAGUUUGAUCUAAGAAAACUACCAAGAUCAAGAAUGAACUUGUAUGCAAACUACAAGAUUCAAUUAGUGAAAGGGGUAAAACAAGAUUUAGAUCCUCCAAUACUACCAUCUCCACGAGUUCCUGCUAGCCCACACCAAAAUAAUGGAAGCAGAACCAGCUUGAUCAUCAUGGCUUGCGUGUUUGGUGGUGUAGUUCUUUUGGGAAUCCUAUGCCUAGUUUCAAGACUUUGCUACAACAGGCAUCGAAAUUCAAGAAGGUCAAGAAGUCUACCAGUAUUUUUUGGCACCCAAGAGGAUUUUCUUGAUGAAGAUCAAGGAACAGAAAUCAACCACCACAUAUGGUACAUCAACUUCUUAGGUCUCCAACAAUCUGUGAUCGACUCAAUAACAGUCUUCAAGUUUAAGAAAGACGAAGGGCUGAUUGAUGGUACAGAGUGCUCUGUUUGCUUGAGUGAAUUUCAAGAAGAUGAGAGUCUGAGACUUUUACCAAAGUGUAGUCAUGCUUUUCACAUAUCUUGUAUUGAUACAUGGUUAAGAUCACACAAGAAUUGCCCUCUUUGUCGUGCCCCGAUUGUAUCCGACAAUUUUGAUGCUCAAGUUGCUUUAACGGUGCCUACUACAAGUUAUUUGAGUUCGAGGGAAGAACCCCAGAUGGAAAAUUCAGAGAAUAAUACUCCCACCGGACUAAUGAGCAGUAACCAUGCAGGAGAAGAUGGAAGCAGUGAAGUGAGAAAUGGAGAAGAAACCAUCUGUGGAUUGCCAGUUGUAGAUGAAUCAAAUACUGGAAACUCUAGCUUGAAUUCGAACCACUUUAUAUCGAGGAAUCCUCGGAUACGAAGUGAUUUAGUUGACAAAUUGGUGGUGGUAGAAGAAGAAAUGCAACCUGUGAGGAGGUCUGUGUCAUUGGAUUUCUCUACUGCUUCUGCAAUUUAUAGUGUGCUUGCUAAUGUUGCUCCUGGUAAAUGUCAAGCUAACUCGGAUAGUCUAUUAGUGCAACCAAAGCAGCCGAAAUCGAAGAACGCUACGAAGAGGGGAAGUGGUGGCUUUCACAAGCUGAUGAAAAAUUCUUCUAUAAGACGUUCAUUGCAGAAGGGGCCAAUUUCAAUGAAAAGAUCUUUGUCAACUAGUGAGAAAUCCUUGUCAUCAAGAUGUAGCAGAAGCCAGAACACAAUCCACUCUUUCUGAGGAGCAAGUUCUGACUUGCAGUGUUGUCUCACCAUAUCAGAAUAUUUAUCAGAAGCAUGUAUCCAGUAGCUUCACUCUUGGUUGCCGGUGCUGGUGAUUGAAUUUGUAAUUUGGGAGCCAGUAGCAUACAAAAGCUCGUCUUUACCUUCCUCAAAAAGGCUUCGACUGUACUAGUUUUUUACCCGUGGUUGCGCUGCAGAUAUUUUUUAUAACCUUAAAAAAAAUAUCUAAUCAUGCUACCAAGUAAAAAGUUUGAUAUAUAACGAAUGAUGAACUUUUAAAAUAUUUAGAUGAUUAUA